GAGUAAAUGUUGUGUUGAACCUUGACUGGAGAGCCUUCUUCCCGUUUUCCGGCCACCUCCCCCCAUGAACCACUUGUGGACUCUAUCCCUAAUUUUGCGGCUAUUCCAGUCGGCGAUAUCAGCAAAAGGAUUUGUACUACUGCCAGCGGCAACUGCAAAGGGUGCACAUCGCGGAGGGGGGGGCGGCAUGACGGCAGGGGUGACCGCAGGAGGAGAGGCACCGGCCGAGGCUUGUGCUCCCGCGAGGGACAACCCUUUCAACUCGGAUGACAGCAUCAGCCCGAUGGUUAAGACGGUUUCCCCGUCCAAGACAUUGGAGGUACACGCGCUGACUCAGGAGAUGAAGGCUCGGGGGGAGAGGGUGGUGUCCCUGUGCGUGGGGGAGCCGGACUUUCAGCCGCCGGACGCAGUCAUCGAGGCGACGGCGACUGCUGCGAGAGAGGGGGUGACCAAGUACACCGGGGUAACAGGAACGGUAGACCUGCGGCGAGGGAUCUGCGCGGACCUCGCAAGGCGAAAGAAGCUGACGUACUCCGAGGGAGACAUCGUCGUCGCCAACGGGGCUAAGCAGGCCGUCUACCAGGCCGUCUUGGCGGUGGUGCGACCGGGGGAUGAGGUCAUCGUGCCCGCUCCUUACUGGCCCAGCUACCCCGAGAUGGUCCGGCUAGCGGGAGGGGUGCCCGUGAUUAUUGAGACCAAUGUCGAGGAGGAGUUUUUGUUGACGGCGGAGAAGCUCAGGGGCGCGUUAACGGACAAGACGCGAAUGCUCAUCUUCUGCAACCCCAGCAAUCCCACGGGAGCGGUGCACUCGAAGGAACGCUGCGAAGAGCUCGCGGCGGUGCUGUCGGAGGAAGGGGGUAAGGGGGCGGGCUGCUGGGUGUUGGCGGACGAGAUCUACGAGCGCAUCACGUACGACACGCCGCACGUGGCGUUCGCCUCGCUCCCAGGGAUGUUCGAGCGCACCAUGACCGUCAACGGUUUCUCCAAGUCGCACGCGAUGACGGGGUACCGGCUGGGGUAUCUCGCGGCACCCCCUAUCAUCACCAAGGCGGUUACCACGAUCCAAGGGCAGAUCACGUCCUGCGCGAGCUCGAUAUCGCAGGCCGCGGGUCUCGCCGCCCUCGCCGUUACCGAUGGGGAGAUGCAGCUGAGCUUCGACGUCAUGCGCAACAAGCGCGACUUCGUACUCAAGCGGCUGUCGGAGAUGCCCGACCUCGUGACAGCGGUGCCGGAGGGGGCGUUCUACGUUUUCCCCGACGUGUCCGCUCACUUCGGAAAGUCGGCGCCGGACGGAACGACCAUCGGAGGGGCCACGGACCUCUGCCUCUACUUGUUGCGGGCGCACAGCGUGGCUUUGGUGACUGGGGACGGGUUUGGCUACCCCAAGGGAAUCCGGAUUUCGUACGCGGCGUCCAUGGAGGACAUCGACGAAGCCCUAGGAGAGUUCUACAAGUGCAUCUCCUCCCUCCAGUGAGGGAUCGAAAAUCUCCGGCGCUGGUGGUCGGUCCAAGAUGGUGACAGUUGCGGCGGCGGAGCAAAUAUUUGAUAGGAGAGGGGGGUUUGGAAGAACCGUCUGUGUGGUUCAGCAAGAGGGUGCGUAAUUUAGAGCUAUGCGUGGAUCUCUUGGGUGCAGCAAGCUUCGACGAGGCGGGCGUUUGAAGCAGGUAUGCACAUGGUGUCUGUUGGAUUGUUGUUUCAAGGCACGGUUUUGGUACUCGACUGUGGCGCGGGCUCGGGAUAUGCAGCAUUCCAACGUGGCGUGAGCCUGCAACGUGUGCAACAAGUGGCGCGACGGAGAAUAUUUAGCUAAGCUCCUUGCUAGAUUUAUGUUUUUUCGCUACGGCCCUUCGUGCUUCAUGAUUUCUGGGACAGACACCCAGAGAUGAAACUCUUGGCCACGGACAAGGAUUCUGUAUGUGGUGGUCGUAUUCGCAAUUACUGGUGUGAGUGUUGCACUUGGGCGGGGAGGGUGUUAAGGGCACGAGAUUCUCCCCCGCCCGGUGAUGCUGAUGCUUGAUGUCAUGCCGACCCGAGAGUGUUGACAUAAGUAGCGUAUAUUAUAGCAUCAGGUCCGAUGGAGACACGGACGUGCUGGGAGUCUGUCGAUUCUGAUGCGUCCACGCCCCGCGGGAUUGGCCACCGGGGAUCGAGGAAGAGCGCAUACUCCUACUGUGGUUGUGCCUUGUUGUGGGGACCACCGCCAAACAGCUUAUCAGUAUCCUGUCACUCAUCUCCAGGUAUUGGCAACUCUGUGUUUCGGACGUGGCUCGCUGGGACUGGCAGGUAGUCCCUUGCGCCGAGACGUGUUUGGCCGUGGAGAGAGAGAAGGAAGGCUACUGCAUAACAUAAAACUGAGAGAUGUUCUGGGGCGCUCGACCCUGUCGCAUGCGCCAGAAUGCGAUGGAUGAUCAUGCACGUUGCAGUUUGGGAUGCUAAUGUGUUUGCAUGCGUGACGGCGCGGUGUGAUAUGUCCGUUCGCAUGGUGCGGUAUCGAUCGGAGGGUGGUACUACGAGGGGGGAUUAUGUUUGUUGCGUCAUCGUACGAAAAAAUCCAACAACUAAGGCGGCAAAAUAGAAAGAGAAGAAUUGUUUUUAUUUUGUAAGAGAUGAGUUCCUUCUGUUGUGCAGUUCGUCUGUGCUCUCCCCAUCAGAUUGAUUAUUAUUGCCGAUGGUUGUCCGUCUGCUCCUACCACGUUCUUCGUGACAACAACGUCGUCGCAAGGAUGCAACAAGAUAGGCACGCACAACUUGUUACACACAGGUUGACACAAGUUGGUAUUGAUUGGUUGGUGCGAAUCUUCACCUCGUCUGGAUCCUCUACACUACCUUGCGUCACCUGGGAGUAACAAGUGAUGACUAUGGUUCAGUUCAGCUGAAAUUCCGCGUUUGUACCGCCUGGUGGAAGCGAGAUACCACCCCAAAAACGAAAAACUUGUGGAGGACCAGCACGGGUGCCCGAGGCAAGGUUGGAUACCAAAAGAAGAGAUGCAUUCGUUUGUUGUACAGGUCUGACUGCGGUAUGAGGGUGGUGUAACGAAGGCCCUUGACCCUUAUCGAAGCCCCCACUUAGGUUCCCUCUAAUAUGGGAGCCACGACUGAAGCAAGAAAAUAAAAAACGAACUUGGA